AACAAAAGUAUGAGCAACAUCAAACAAUUUCUCUUAGCCAUUUACAUUUCUCUACUCUUAACAUGUCAAGAUCGUGUCGUAGCCAGGAGCGCCACCAUGAGCGACAUCAUAGGCCCCAAGAUUUCUGAAUGGCAAGUCAUGGUGGUCAACGGUUUAACUACGUCUGAAACCCUUUUCAUCCACUGUAAAUCCAAAGAAGACGAUUUAGGCGAGCAUAAUCUGCGACUCGGAGAUAGGUUUUCAUGGAAUUUUGGAGAAAAUAUGCUUCACACAACUUUGUUUUGGUGCUACUUGAGUAAAGAUGAUAGUCAUAUGAAUGUAAAAGUGUUUUGGGAUGACGUAAUCUUAUUCCAUAGAUGCGGUUGGAAGAAGUGCGUUUGGACUGCUAAAACUGAUGGGCUUUAUCUCUGGAACUUUGCGAAUGGUGAAGACUUGUUGUUGGAGAAUUGGGAAGCUGGAUGGUGA